UAAAAGAAUCAUUAUGUCUGGAAGAGGCAAAGGCGGCAAGGGACUCGGGAAAGGAGGCGCUAAGCGUCACCGCAAAGUUUUGCGUGAUAACAUCCAGGGAAUCACCAAACCCGCCAUCCGUCGUCUCGCUCGCCGUGGUGGUGUCAAGCGUAUCUCUGGUCUGAUCUACGAGGAGACUCGCGGUGUGUUGAAGGUGUUCUUGGAGAACGUGAUCCGCGAUGCUGUUACCUACACUGAGCACGCCAAGAGAAAGACCGUCACCGCCAUGGACGUCGUUUACGCUCUGAAACGACAGGGACGCACCCUCAUAUUGAGUCUACACGUAAGACAGGAAACUGCAAUGGCAAGAACUAAGCAAACCGCUCGCAAAUCCACCGGUGGUAAAGCCCCGAGGAAGCAGCUCGCUACCAAAGCCGCCCGUAAAAGCGCUCCAGCCACCGGCGGCGUCAAGAAGCCUCAUCGUUACAGGCCGGGUACCGUGGCUCUGCGAGAGAUCCGUCGCUACCAGAAAUCCACCGAGCUGCUGAUUCGCAAGCUGCCCUUCCAGCGUCUGGUCCGAGAAAUCGCUCAAGAUUUCAAGACUGAUCUGCGCUUCCAGAGCUCCGCCGUCAUGGCCCUGCAGGAGGCCAGCGAGGCUUAUCUGGUCGGUCUGUUUGAGGACACCAACUUUUCUUGAAGAAUCAUCAUGUCUGGAAGAGGCAAAGGCGGCAAGGGACUCGGGAAAGGAGGUGCUAAGCGUCACCGCAAAGUUUUGCGUGAUAACAUCCAGGGAAUCACCAAACCCGCCAUUCGUCGUCUCGCUCGCCGUGGUGGUGUGAAGCGUAUCUCCGGUCUGAUCUACGAGGAGACUCGCGGUGUGUUGAAAGUGUUUUUGGAGAACGUGAUCCGUGAUGCUGUUACCUACACUGAGCACGCCAAGAGAAAGACCGUCACCGCCAUGGACGUCGUGUACGCUCUGAAACGCCAGGGACGCACCCUGUACGGCUUUGGAGGUUAAACAUAUCUGUGCUAUUACACAAACCCAAAGGCUCUUUUAAGAGCCGCCCACUUUUUCAAAAAGGCGCAUUUCAUGAUGUUAUGUUUUUUGUAAAUGAGAACAGUGAGGUUCAGCGAAAUAUAACAAUUUUUUUUUUUUAAACUUAUUAUUAUAAAAUUAAUGAGAGUUCCGGCACGCUGUAAUAUACACCCCCGAUUACACAAACGAGGCUUAAACCUAGUCCCAGUCUAAAAUACAUGUUUGAGCUGUAUACAACUGAAAGAAAACUUGCUCUGACGUUUUAAAACGUGUUAAACCAUUGUUUUGUUUUAAGAUACAGUCCAGUAAUGUUUUAUCAAU